CGCCGCCGCCGCCAGCGAGGCCCGCCCACCCGCUCGCCCGUCCCCCUGCCCCGUUCACAAUGCAGCCUGCUUCUGCAAAGUGGUAUGAUGGAAGGGACUAUGUCUUCAUUGAAUUCUGUGUUGAAGACAGUAAAGAUGUUAAUGUAAAUUUUGAAAAAUCCAAACUUACAUUCAGUUGUCUUGGAGGAAGUGAUAAUUUUAAGAAUUUAAAUGAAAUUGACCUUUUUCAUUGUAUUGAUCCAAAUGAUUCCAAGCACAAAAGAACGGACAGAUCAAUUUUAUGUUGUUUACGAAAAGGAGAAUCUGACCAGUCAUGGCCAAGGUUAACAAAAGAAAGGGCAAAGCUCAAUUGGCUUAGUGUGGACUUCAAUAAUUGGAAAGACUGGGAAGAUGAUUCAGAUGAAGACAUGUCUAAUUUUGAUCGUUUCUCUGAGAUGAUGAACAACAUGGGUGGUGAUGAAGAUGUAGAUUUGCCAGAAGUAGAUGGAGCAGAUGAUGAUUCACAAGACAGCGAUGAUGAAAAAAUGCCAGAUCUGGAAUAAGGAGUAUUGUCAUCACCUGGAUUUUGAGAAAGUGAUUUCUCUGUAAAAUUUCAUAAUUGAGAGAAUUCCUGAGUUGAUAGCUCUAAAGGUGGAUGCUGUAUUUGCCUCCUUUAACCCAUUUUUCAACCUAUUUGUUUUUUUAAAAGGCUUCACUAAGGGUUGAUAUGUACCAUUGUAUG